AUGGCAAAUAACAACUCUGAACCCCUGAGCGACAUUAAGAAGGAAUCGCUCAAGAAGAACUUGAAGAGAAAAGUCAGAGAAGGAAGCAGCAGCACACAGUCCAGUAGGUGCGGUACAACAGUGGAGGAUGUGAGCAAGAGGACUGGAAAGAGGAAGGCUGCCGCUGAUGAAGAAGAACCCUGCGCGAAGAGAAGGAAGGGCCGGCCAACCAUGAAGGAUUUGAUAGAUUCCCGAAGAGCUGAAUUUGAGGCCAAAUACCAGCAGGAGAAUCAUCUCGGCGAAGGAGGCUGUGGAUGUGUGUUUGCUGGCUACCGCAAAGCAGAUCAUUUACCUGUUGCCAUCAAACACAUAGCAAAAGACAAAGUGUUGUGCAAAGAGAGACGAAAUGGGAAAGAACUCUCAGCUGAGGUGGCUGUGAUGUUAAAACUCCAAGCUGGAAGAACUGGAUUAAUGGAGGAAUCAGCACCCGUGUCACUCCUGGACUGGUAUGAUCUGGACCAGGAGCUGAUCCUGGUGCUGGAAAGACCAAUGCCAUGUAUGGACCUUUUAAAUUACAUCAGGACAAACAGAGGCCACUUACAGGAGGACAAGGCAAAGAUCAUACUUAAACAGUUGGUUGAUGCAGCAAAUGAACUCGAGGAUAAGCGCAUCUUUCAUCGGGAUAUCAAACCGGAAAACAUCCUGAUUGAGACCAGCUCAGAUGUGCCGCGUGUUCGUGUCAUUGACUUUGGACUGAGCUGUUUCUUCAAGAAAACAUCAGUUUACCGUGUCUUCUGUGGUACCCCCCAACACGUCCCUCCGGAGUGGUACAGUCAUUAUACCUACAGGCCCGGCCCCACCACAGUGUGGCAGAUGGGAGUGGUCUUAUAUGAGCUGCUCCACAGAACAGUCCGAUUUGAUACCACAAGUUUCCUCAGACAUGAGCUGCCAAUCAGGGAUGAGCUGUCCAGAGGUAAGAAAAACGUACUCAUAUGCAAACACAGAGCUGUUCAUUUCCAUUCACCUCCUGAGGAAUCACUGUGGCUGUCAGCUCCAACUUUCUCAUCUUUCUUUCCCUCCAGAUUGCCGGGAUUUCUUACAGAAGUGUUUAAACACAUCCUACAUGCUGCGACCUACCCUGAAGGAGCUCCAGCUUCACCCAUGGCUCAGAUAAACCAACACUACACUCACACACGAGUUCAUGCCAAUACAAUACAUUCACAAUACAAGAACUAAUUCUGUUCUCGUUUUUCUUCACCAGGACCGUCCGCCAUGCUUAUACAGGUUUUCUCCGGGUGCUCCGGUUAGACCAACUGCAGUUCCUUUAGGCCCCCCGGCCGUCCGCGGAGAGGAGGAUCUCUCUUUGAAUUGCCUUUCCCGAGGUUUCUUCCCAUUUUUAAUCUGGCCUCAAGGUUUUGGGGAGUUUUUCCUCGUCUUCUUAGAGAGCUUGGGCCGGGUCAGGAGCUGCUUAUGAUUUGUGCUUAUGGCGAAAGCCAUAUCACAUCAUAAGGAAAAAAAAUGGAUACUAAUCUAUCAACUGGUCAUUUUGUGAUAUUAAACUAGAAUAAUAAUAAAAAAGAAACAACUUA